AUGUUACGUUAUUCGAAUUGCAGGUAUUUGUUGUAUGGAUACAAGUUUCCUGUGGAGGCUGUGCUACCGAUUCACCAACAUUCUUCAAAUUUCUCAGCUUGCUCUAGUCCAUCUUUAUCAACAAAUCUUGACGUAGAAAUAGCUCAUCGGCCAACAGUGAAGUGGUGUGGAUAUGCAUUUCGGGAUAAACAAGAUGUGUUCUUUUCUUUCAAUGACUCAUCCGAGUUUUUGGAUUCCAUUCCAGCAAGCGCAAGUACUACAAAGGAUGAACUUAGCGAAAGUGUGAUUGAAAUUUUGAAGUCUUUCUUUGAAACAUAUGGUUGGCAUAGUAUCGAUGAAGUGUUGGGUGAUUUGCCUGCUCAAACUUAUGAAAUGUUAAUGUCAAGUUUUCCAAGCAGUUAUAACACAUCGAUGACUCUGUUUAACAACGCGCAAACAUGUGAUAGAGUAUUGGGCGCUAAAUCAAGAACAAGCUUACGAAGGCAACAUUGGUGGACAUUUUCUGUUCGGUUGCGCUCAACGCGUCCUUAUGUUGCAACGAAGAAAACUAUUAAGAAUCGAGGAACAUUACCAUAUAAAAGUGAACGUGAUAUAGCGAAAUCGAUGGAUCAGCAUAAUGUGCAAACUGUUUCGAGUAAGUUGAGGCCUGUAGUAAAUUUUCAAUUACGGACCCUAAAAACAAGUCCAUAUUCGACCGCUAUUCAUGAUGGAGCGGUUUCUGCCACUACUAUACCUUGUCAGGAGAAAGCUCAGAAACUUUGCAAGAACAAAAACAAUGAAUUGGUAACUUCAAAAACCAAAAUUGCAUCAAUAGAACAACUGAAACAGCUUACUUUGAGAAAGGACGUUACUGGUUUGAGGCAGCUUUUGACUAAAGAACUUUGGCCAUCCCAUCGUCAUUUAAAAACGUUUAUUGCUGAACUUUUUGAAGUCUUUAUUGUAUAUGGAAAAGAUGUGAACGAAGCAUUGUGGCUUAUGGACUGCUUUAUAUCAGAGAACAGUCGUGUCGCAUUGCCGAAUUCAACUGUUUUGCAAUUGAUCACACGAAUUCUGAUUGAAGAAGGGAUGAAAGCAGCAAUCGAUUAUGCUAUUCAUUAUCGAAAUCUAUUACUUAUUAAGUCACCUCCAGAUGAUUUAUUUGUCGAUCGUUCCACAGCUGUUGCUGAGGACCUGUUUACUGAAGCUUUCAAGAGAAAUGAUUUAUCAGGAGUUCAGAAUUUGUGCGAUAUAUUGAUUGACUUAGGCUUUCUUCGUAGCUCUUGUGCUUAUUUGCGUGCUGUUGUUGAAUUUUAUCUGCGGAGUGGUGGUUUUGAUGCGGCUUUCAAUGUAUGGUAUAAAAACGCUCAGAAAUAUCGUACUGGUGCGGGUUGUGAUCUUCUUAUAAGACAUACUAUUUUGGAAAAAAAUCUGAAUGAUAUGUUUCAAGGGAAAAGGCUUCGAAAUAUUUUGGAUAAACUUGAUGAAUUUGGUGCUUUUUAUGAUGGUCUUGCUGAACUUGUUGUGGAGUUGUUAAAAGCGAAUAUGGCUUCCGAAGCGGAGCUGAUAUUCAAAAGGUUGAAAAUAUCUGGACGUCAUUUCAGAGAGCCCCUCCUCCGUAUGCAGAGUGAUCUGGACAAUUUGCCUUAUGUUGAAGAUUUUGCAACUGUUUUGCUGACUGCUUUACUGGAAGAAAAUAGGAACACUCAAAAAUGUUCGCAACGGAAACAGAAAGAAAGAGGAUUAAAGAAAGAUUUUCAAGAGUUAACUCACAAAUGUUAUAUCCGAUCACUACUAGCGGUUUGGCAACCACGUUAUAAUCGAAAACAAGAAGUGGAAAUGAAAAAGUUCAGAGCUAAUGUUGAGCAGCUCCGAGGACUUAUAUUUCUGACCCAAGAUGUCUGGUUUGAGAUAGCAAGUAGUGCCAAUGACAUGGAGUCAUUAGAACGUUUAUGGACUUGGAAUACAAAAUACAGCAAUGGCGAAUUCGACAGUGUAAGGAAGAAACUGGAGGAUUUCUUCACAACAAAAAAAUUGUGA